AUGGUCGCGUGGGAAAACUUAGUGAAGAUGAUCGUAGGUCGAGGAUCGGCCGAAAAGAGCGAACAGCGACAACUGGACCGCCAAUAUAAACACGUCGAAGAAAUGAACAGGAACACCAACGAGGUGACCAGAGAGUCCCCAUUCGACAUCCCCAGUCCAACACCCUCAAUUACCACAAGAUACACUUCCCCAAAUCCCAGCAAAACAAGCGGCUCCCUUCGAUCGGCUCGUCCUACCAUCUAUAUGAGAUGUGCCUCCUCCCCCACCAUCCCUACCCUUACCACUUUCAAAUCACUCGAUGGUCCACCAGACAUAACUGCUCGCGACCUCACACACGAAGAGCUCAAAAGAAAUUACAGUCAGGGCAAUGUCUGGAACGUUCAUGAACAGCCUCUCCCUCCAAUGCCUCAGUUGAGUGGGUUUGGUCGAUUCCGAAGAUCAAUUGAUGCCACAACAGAGUGGCAAAUGGAACAUCUCGAUCGUCAUUUUGCCGAUUGCAAAGGCCUGUUUGCCAAUCAGUUUGGGGAUCUUCCACCUGCCGGCCUUGACCUUCCAUCUUGGAGGAUGUACAGAGCUCAGCACUCUCGGACUGCCAGUGCCGCUAGCACACGCAGCUCUGAGGCUGGGCGUUACGUUACCAGACCUGAAGAAUAUCUGGACAUCAAGACUGGUACCAGGAUCAGUCGGGGUUUCUGUCCUUCCACCACUUCCAGUGCCAACAGCUCAUUCAAAGAAGGCUACGGCUAUCAUCGCAGGGACUCCAACCUGUCUUCUCUGAGCAUGACCAGCCCAACAAGUGACGUAGACCAAAAGUUUGUCCGAAGAACAAGUCGACCAGCAUCUUCCCGCCGUGUCAGUCAACAAGGCAGCACAGCGUCAAUGAGUGGUCUGGGUUCUAUCAUGGAAUCACAGGAGGCUCUCCCUCAAGUACUUCGCAAACUUGAAAAACCUUGCGAGUUCGAUGAGAUGGGCAAUAACGAAAACGCCGUCGCCUCUGACGACGAUGACGACGAGGAGGACGAGGGGAGUAGUAACGACUGGAGUGAUGUGCUAGAGUUCAAUGGUGCCAAUCGACAAAGCAACCUCACCAAAGGGCUCCAACAAUUAUCAAUGUCUAAAGCCGGCCCAAAUGCCAAACCAGUGUUGACCAGGCAACGCACAAUUUCCGAUGACAAGAACGGUUCACGUGGACUCAAGAGAACAAUCUUUGAAAGGACCAAGUCACGCAAGCCUGUCAGUAGGAUAUCUACACACCCCCAACUCCACAAGAAACCUACGGCCGUCGUAUCAAAACUGGUCAAAGACAAAGUCGAGCAGACCUUGAGUUAUCAAGCAACAAGUCCAACUGCCAGUGGAAUAUCUCAACACAUUGAGAUACCUAAGAAGCGAACUGGUACCACUUUUUCACAAAGUUCAGGAAAGAGUUCCUGCACCUCCCCGACCCCUGGCACUGAUGGUUUCGUUACCGCCACUCCAUCCCCUGAACAUGUAGCUUCUCAUAUCUUGGCAUCAACACGAUCAGACACUUCGCACGAAACCUUGUUCAUUGGUGGUCUACCCAAAGAAGGUAUUCAUACUCCGUGUCGAGGGAGAUAUCGUUCUGGGACUGCCACAACAAUUCGUCCAGGUCACUCCGUUGAGGGUGACUUGUGA